AUGCGUCAACGUUCAACUCAAAGUCCCACCAAACAGCGAGCGGUGCCGGUGAAGGCCGAACAAACACGAAAACUAAUACGGAAAGCAAAGCCAUCUUUCGUACCCGAGGCCGACUCGACGAGGGUAACUAUCACCAUCAACUUUCCCGAUGGGUCCUCCUUCUAUCUUUCUUCUCUUCGAGAAGUGAUUGGCGUAAGUGAUAUGUUCUGA